ACCUGACGGCGCGUCUGCUGCGCAACUGCAACAUCACUUCAGGAACUUUGCUGCGGUGUGUUCCCUCACACGAGCUGCUCAGUAAAGUCUUCACAUUAAUAGUCUUCCCCUCAGCGCUGAGCUUGUUUCUGCCUUUCUGGAUCAAGUACACGAUUUUUCGGGAACUGAUUUACCCUGAAGUUUUCGAUGCCAUCAUCUCAGACUUCAAGUUCCACAGCGUGCACACUGUUCCACUAGUGGCAGUGGCAGCUGAAGUGACGCUGGUCCCACGCUCCUUUCCUCCCAAAUGGAUCGGAUUCUCUUCCUGUGCCGCCGUGUUCCACGCGUACAUCGCAUGGGCGCUUGCACGUGCGUUUUCUUGCCACAAUUUCUAUUCUCACGAAGUCCAGUCUAUGACCGGCCGACGCUUGGCUUUCGUUCUGUCGCUAUUGACGCUCAUCGUCUGGUGCGCGUAUGCCAUCGGUCGAGGGGUCAACUCUGUGGGGAAAGGUACUAGGGAACGGGAUUACGGAACCAUGGUCUUGAAAAGAACUGUCCUCGACGCACCGGCGUACAGCGCCAAGAAGACAUGCUAAUAAUUUCACCUACAAUGCAUUUAGUAUUAAUUUAUUAUGAGAAUUAGGUGGGAGUUUUGAUAUCGAUAAAAUUAAUUGCAAAUUAAGUUUGAUGAAAAUAUGUUUGUGACCAAAUUGCUCAAUGGUUCAACUUCCCUGAAAGUGAUAAAGAAUUAAACAUUCUUAUUAUAUCGUGACUUCCGUUUUCGUGAUUCAGCUAGUGAACCUAGAAGUACUCAUUAGUUUGCUUUGUCCAUGAGAGAAAAUAUUGGAAUACCCGUGGGUACCACCCGGGAAUGGAUUAUGCACGCACGAAGAACUUUCCAGACUGUAUUUUUUCUGAAUCUGUAAGCUAGAUUGAAUGAAUGAAAAUUAUUUCCAAGUGAACCAGUUUCGCAUAUAACGCUAUUCUGUCUUCAGUCAGCAUUCGGGAAUACUUCAUUUAAAACUGUUUUUAAGCGACACGUACUGAAAUAUUAUACCGAAUAACAUCUUAGAAAUCUUUAGAGUUCCCAGAGCUUUCUUUAAUCACACAUCACGCAUGAAAUCAUACAAUAAAAUCUGAAACGAUGAUAUUUGCGACCAUCGAUGGCAUUCUUGUUCAGUGGUUUCAAAAUUGAAAAAGAAUCACCUCUUCGUAUUAAUUGAUUUAUAACUUAUUUGUCUAUUUCUUUUUAUAAUUUUUUGUGUGUGAGGCUAUGGAUUUGGUGAUGGCCAUCACUGAUGACUAGUUCAUGUCAUCAUGUUUCAAUCAACUCUGUACAUCGUCCUUAAGUUUCACACAUUAUUUGUCAUUUAAAAUGCUAAUUAUAUAAUUAUAUAGUUCAAAUAUUAGGAAUGUGCUAAGUAACUAUAAUAAUUAAUGGUUGAAAUAGUUGUGAGAUGGUAUCAAUGUUUUAGUAAUGAUAGUCCUUGAACUUCUUUGCAAUAUUUACCAGCGCACAGCAAAUCGGGAAUAAAAUUGACGUAUAUAAGUCAGCAAUUAUAAGUAGUAUGUAUCAAAGUAAUUGUUUCAGGCACUAGUGACUAUGAAAAGUUUUGAAGCUGAGAUGGUGCAGUGGUGGUGACUUUCUAUCACACCCUGCGACCCCGGGUUUAUAGUCCCACGCAGGACAAAUUUUUGCGGGUAGCUCAGCUCAUUGCCAACUCAGUCAUUCAUCCUUUUCCGGUGUAUAAAUGAUCACCUGGCUGGACCAGCGUGUUGUGUAAUGCAAGUAAAAUGUUCUGGAUCAGCCAGCGAGCUAUGUACCUGUGUAGAGCUACCUGUGGCCUGAGCGCCCUGAAAAACUUACCUAUACUAUAUUGCUCUCUCUCAUAGUCACCGCUACCUGGAUGAGCAAUAAAAACAACAUGAAAGUGUUUAAUUUGGUGCUCGUCUAACAUUGAAACGAAAAAAAAACGGUGAAGGCAUCGUAUUACGUUUGAAUAUAACGUUUAGUUGUUAAAACAGAAACAAUUCUUGACGACAUGAGGGCAACACACCGUUUGACAUGUGCGAUCCUGCAUACCGAAUAGUGAAGCUAAAAAGUGACGUAUGUAAUGGAAUAUUUUGCCCCUCACCCCUUUGCGUGAAGGUAUUUACCUUACUCAUCGACAAGACAAGUAAAAAUUUAGAUUAUUGAGAAUAAUUGCUGGUCUCCUACAUUCCAGGCAUAUUAUAUGAUGAAGAUACAUCGUAAAAUUUAUAUUUUAUGGCAUAACAAAAAGUUUUAAAGGAUUAAGCCUGGCGUGACUAUACACAGACUAUAUGCAGCCAUCAGAAGUUCACUCCCGGUAAUAGGAACUUCGCAGCGGAGCCGCGCUUCUAGGUCCCUUGUUUGAUUUAAAGCCUCUCGUCAGCCGUGGGGCAAGAUGUGCGAAUCUAAGAGGAAGUCACAGUUUGAUGUGACCUCAUCGCAGCUAUUUUUUAUGGCGUUCGGCAUCUUCAUGGCGGUGAUUUACUCCAAUUAUCGAGAGGUUCAGGUGCCAGCUGAAGAAAUAAGGAGGCGGAGAGAAGCCUACGGUUACGGCGCCGUGGCCGAUACAGCGCCCACGACGCCCCCGAAGCUUGGAUGUCACCCGGGGGUCAACGACCCCCAGCUUCGGUCUCUUCCUCAUUUGUACACGGACGUAGCUCCAGAUCCAUCUGCACAAAAUAUCUACCAGAUAGAAGUGUCAAUGAACAUGAAAAUAACGCAUAAAAUUCUUUGUUCCAUUGAAAGCAUGUGCUCCAUCAACUCGGACGCUCACGUUUGGUUUCUGUUGACGCGCGCGACGCUUGAUGCUUCGUCUGCCCAAAGAUUGCUGAGUCUGCAGAAAAUUUGUCCUCGUCUGUGCGUGGCGCAUGUGAACGUACGCACAGUCAUGCGCAACACAUCUUUUCAUGCGAUCCUCAACUCCGAAGGUCUUUGGGAUGACAUGGCUCGUUUUCCGAGCAAUUCUUUGUUUCAUUUCGAGCGCAACCAUCCGACGCCGAAAAAGUUUUUGACGCUCCUUUCGGACACGUUCUCUCCUGUGCUGAGUAGGCUGUUGUAUGGCAUGCUGGGCCCGCUCGCCCUCAUUAAAUUUUUCCGGUACGACGAGUGCGCCGUCAGGAUCCUGACUCCCCAGAACGCUCCAGCUCGGCACCCUGCGCCUUCUGAUCUCAUCGGCCCACGUUUGUCUGCUAAAAAAGAUUCAUCCAUAAAUGGGGAAACGGUUCAUGAGGAACAUCGCACCCCUGAAAAAUUUUCGUACAAUUUAAGUUCUGCGAACAAACAUGACGAUGAUGAAGAUGAUUCGUUCGAUUGCAUCCAUGAUAUCUUCGGGACAUUUGCUCACCAGCCCGUUUAUGUUAUGCACUGCCACGCGAUGUUCUACCGCAACAAAACGUUAGUGGGACCCGACGAUAACAUUUUACCGGGCGCCUUCACCGUCGAACUUUACAACUCGCACACCAAGGCCAUUCCUGUCGAAGAAGGCAGCUUGGUGGAUAUCAUUGCACAGAAGACGUGUCCCCUCACGCACUCGAAGUGUCCGUCUCUGAUGUGCAACUAAUCUCGCCAGCCUGGUUCACUACACCACGUGUCCCCUCACGCACUCG